CCUGGACAAAGCAACAGUAACAACGGUGGAACCAAUAAUAACAAUAACGGUAGUGCUAAUAAUACUAAGACAAAUAACACUGGAAGUGGUAAUUCUGGCCCUAGUAUUUCGAACUCGAAUAAUAAUAAUGUUGGCAAUAGCAAUAGUAAUGUUGGAUUAGUUGGUGGUGGUACUUCUGCCGCAGCUGCUAAAAAUCAAUUAGAGCAAUUAAAUACAAUGCGUGAAGCGCUUUUUUCUCAGGAUGGCUGGGGAUGCCAGCAUGUUAAUCAGGAUACGAACUGGGAAGUGCCUAGUUCACCUGAGCCAACAAACAAGGACCCAUCUGGAGCACCAACAAUGUGGAAACCAACUAUAAAUAAUGGCACUGACCUGUGGGAAUUAAAUUUAAGAAACGGUGGCCAGCCACCAACUCAGCCAGUUCAAAAAACACCGUGGGGUCAUACACCAUCGUCUAAUUUAGGUGGAACAUGGGGAGAAGAUGAUGAUGGCGCGGACAGUAGCAGUGUUUGGACUGGUUCAUCAAAUAAUCCUACAUCUGCAGGUGCUGUCGGCGUAGCUGGAGUCAGUUCGACGGGAGUUGCCGCUAAUGUUCCUGUGAACGGACCACAAUGGGGUCAAAGCUCUGUAGGUGUUGGCGUAGGCACAUCUGGAAAUGCUGCUGGGGCGCCAUCUGUGAACAUAGGCAGUGUGUCUGCCGUAGGUAGUGCUACUGGUGGCCCUGGCGUGAAUGUUACUGGUAGCGUAAAUUCAGUCUCAGCUAGUGGCUCAGCUGGUAAUAAUUGGAGCGAUUCUCGUGAAAUGAGCAGUGGUACAGUAAGCGGCGUAAUAGCAAUGCGCGGAGUUGACCCACGUGAUCAAAUUCGGGGCACCUCAGCUGCCGAGCCGCGUGAUUUACGCAUGUUAGAUCCACGUGAUCCGAUUCGUGGUGAUCCUCGAGGGAUUUCGGGACGUUUAAAUGGAACAUCGGAAAUGUGGGGACAACACCAUUCCAUGACACAUAAUCAAAUACCUGCAAUGAACAAAAUAGUGGGGCCCGGUGGAGUAGGUGCCGGCGUGUCCACUGGUGCUGUAGUUGCUGGUGCAGGCGUAGCUGGCAUCGGACCCGGCGGUGUCAACGCUAUAAAUCCUGGCGGCGUUAGCGGUAAUGUAAAUGCUCAUUGGGGCGCAUCUUCAGCGGUUGUUGGACCAAAAGAUAUUACUUCAAUGGCAGGUAAAGUCACUGGAUGGGAGGAACCAUCGCCCCCACCACAGCGACGAAAUAUACCUAACUAUGACGAUGGAACAUCUUUAUGGGGACAACAGUCACGUGUAUCUGGCGGAGGUAGUUCUCAUUGGAAGGAUAUUUCUGAUCCAAUGAACAGGCAUUUAACUCGAAACGCUGUAGGUAACCAAAAUACCACAAAUACGGUGGCUGGUCUUGGCAGCGGAGCUGGAAAUGGACUAGGCGGCAAUCAGGGUGUACUAAAUGCGCCAGUCGUUGGUGGUAAUACAAAUAAUCCCAUUAGCAGUGUUGGUCCCCAAGGCCGGCUUGGUUCAGGUGUUGGUCCCGGUGCUGGCGUCAAUCAGCAUAAACCUGAUAAUACUAUGUGGGUGCAUGCGAGCAAUCCGAAUGUGAAUGCUCGUAAUGCUGCCGCGUGGGGUGAUGAGACCAACCAUAAUGUGGGCCCUAAUUCCGGCGUAAACUGGAUGGAUGACAAAACUAACGCUGGUAUUGGACAACUAGGCGUCAGUGUAGGUGGUGCUAAUUCUUGGAAUGAUCCUCCUGCAUCUUGGAAUAAAAGUCAAAACAAAAUGCCUGUUGGUGCCGCAGGGUGGGGUGCGGCAACAGGAAAUGACGGAACCGAUUUGUCAACAGAUUGGAAUGGGCACGGCGGCAUUGUAGGCAAAACCCAACAGAAAAUAGGGAGUGUUAACGUUAACAUUGGUAACCUGAACACUGACGUGAUCAAACAGAGUAAACAAUACCGAGUACUUGUUGAAAAUGGCUUUAAAAAAGAGGACGUGGAACGAGCUCUAAUAAACGCCAAUAUGAACAUCGAAGAAGCUGCAGACCUCCUCCGGGCUAAUGCUACAAUGGCGAUGGAUUGGAGAAGACACGAAGAAACUUUGGGUUCCUAUGGUGAUCACCCUAAUCCUGGUAGCUUUCCAGGGCGCUACCCUCCAACGGCCACUCAGCCUACUAUGCCAUUCCCUCCGAACAUUUUAAAUAAUAUGAGCGGCAACGCUGUUAGUGCCAGCGGUAAUAAUUCAAACCUGGCAGCGCUCAAUUCACUACAACCACUUCCAGUGCAAAAGUAUCUGAAUUCAGCACCACAUAAUGUUGCAAGUGGACCGCAGACUAUGAAUCCUGCCGUCGCAUUUGGACAGGGGGUUGCUAAUGUUACUGCGGCUGUAAAUGCGGCUUCGAAUAGUAACAGCCAACCAUCUGCUCAACAACUACGUGUUCUUGUUCAGCAAAUACAAUUAGCUGUGCAUAGUGGUUACUUAUCCAGCCAAAUUUUAUCAGAGCCUUUGCCAUCCUCAAUGCUCGUACUUUUGUAUCAAUUAUUAACAAACAUAAAACACCUCCAAGCGGCACAGCAGUCCUUGACACGUGGUGGCAACAAUGCCAAUAACUCACAAAUUAGUUAUGCUAUCGCCAAAUAUAAGCAGCAAAUCCAAAAUUUACAAAAUCAAAUAAACGCACAACAAGCGUUCAUACUAAAGCAAAAGCAGCAGUCCAUGCCACAAAACACACAACAGCAUCCUGCAGCACAUGCCAACAGUUCUAACCUGGAGUAUAUUAGGGGACAGCAUGAUGCCAUAAGUGCUUUGCAAGGCAAUUUUUCAGAAAUGAACUUGUCUAAGCAUAGUGGUUAUCCAGGUGGUCCAAAUUCACAGUCAAAGCUUAUAAAUCAGUGGAAACUUCCAGAAAAGGAUAUGACAUCUGAAAGCACAGAUUUUUCUCGGGCACCAGGAGCAACCAAACAAAACUUAUCUAGCGCUCCUGGAAAUACUAUGGGCCCCCUGGGUCUACAAAAUGAUGGCACUUGGUCAACUGGACGAAGUAUUGGUGACGGUUGGCCAGACUCAUCCACUGAAACUGAGAAUAAAGACUGGUCCGUUGCACAACCUACGCCUGCAGCGACUUACACCGAUUUAGUUCAAGAAUUUGAACCAGGAAAGCCAUGGAAGGGCUCCCAGAUUAAAAGUAUAGAAGACGAUCCUAGUAUAACUCCCGGCAGUGUAGCUAGAUCUCCGUUGUCUAUUAAUUCGACGCCAAAAGAAGCUGAUAUUUUUGCAAAUCCUAGCAAAAGUUCACCGACUGAUUUAACACCGCUAAGUUUAUCCUCAUCCACAUGGAGCUUUAAUCCAUCAUCAAGCAAUCAAAACUUUCAAAGUUGGUCCGAUAGUCCACAACAAUGUGCCCCGUCGGAAUUAUGGGCAACUUCAAUGAACAAGACUUCUCGAGGUCCACCACCAGGCUUAGGUUCAAGCAAAGGUGCAGGCGUAUCGGUAACUGGCGUACCAUCCGUAACAAAUUCCUCGGUAGUUGCUGGCAGUUCAAAUGGAUGGGUUGUUACAGGCGGCCGUGGAGUUCCCAAUAGCACUUCUGGUUGGAAUACAGCAAAUUCGGGAUGGAACUCCACAUGGCUAUUACUCAAAAAUUUGACCGCACAGAUUGAUGGCUCAACUUUACGUACCUUAUGCAUGCAGCAUGGCCCACUUGCAAAUUUUCAUUUAUAUUUAAAUCAAGGAAUUGCCUUAUGUAAAUAUGCAACUCGCGAAGAAGCAAACAAAGCCCAAAUGACAUUAAAUAACUGUGUUCUCGGUAGCACUACCAUUUGUGCAGAGUCGCCGAGUGAAAAUGAAGUUCAAAGUAUUUUACAACAUUUGCCACAGACGUCUAACACUGUUUCGGGAUGUGGUUUAAUAGGAAACGGAGGCAAUGGGGCGAACAAUGCUUCAAAUAGUGGCGUAAGUGUUAGUGGUGGAAAUGGUUCCAUAUCGUCUAGCAGUGGUAAUAACAAUGUAGGACCCUGUGGUAGUGUUGGUGGUGUAAGCGGUGGUAAUGUUAACGGCAGCAUGGCCACCCAUUCAGUAGCGAGCGGCUCAGGUGGUAAUAAUGGUUGCGGAAGCAAUGCAAUGAACAGUGGAAGCACUGGGGGCAACGGCAACGGCAGCAAUAGUCAAAAUCAACCUGUUUCUGGUGCUUGCAGCUCAAACAGUGGCAAAAACGGAAAUAGUAAUAAUAUUACUAGUGGUAACGGUAGUUCAAAUGCCACUUCAAAUAGUGUUGUCGGAAGUAAUAACGCUGUGGCUGCACCUGCAUGGCGUCAAACACAAAAUCCACAAAAUCAGCCAAGACCAUCUGGUAGGGAUGAAUAUGAUUAUAUUUCCAAGUUUGUUUGCUCCAUUGUAGAUGAUUAAAGUUACAGUAAGAAGAAUGCGUUUAAAAUUUGUAUUUAAUAUAAAUCAAGUUAUGAUUCUUAACUACUCGACGAAGUUACAACAGAAUUACAAGGUAUAUAGAUUGACUGAUAGACGAAUGGACUUAGAGUUUUAUAUGUAAUUUUUUCUUGUGGUUCACAGGAUUGUAGUUUCAAUCAAAUUAAACGAAAAUUACUCUAAAUAUAAAAUUAAUUGUGGUUAAACACCACACUUAUGCUUCAAAACAUUUAUUUUAAAAAUUAUUACGAAUUAUAUGCCUAAAUGUGAAGUGUAGAAUUAAUUUAACACUUAAUUUGCCGAAAUGGUUCAGUGAAGACAGCAUAUUUGUUAUUGAGCCUAUAAAAUCAAGACAAAUGCAAAAUAAAAAAUGCAAAGUAAAGAACUGUAAUGAAAA